UGGAAAUUACCGGCAUACUAAGACUAUAUUAUUUCCACAUCCCUAUUUAAAAAGUAAAAGUAGGCGUCCUGUCAAACAAAGGCGGCUUAUUUUUUGUUGUUGUAAUCGGAAUCAAAAUAAACUUUAUAAAACAUCUCAACCACAUAACUGCGAUUGUUCAACUUUCAAAAUGUCGAAAGAUAACGAAGCGCCGCUGCCCGAAGGAUGGGAAAUGAGAACCAGCCGUUCCACCGGGAUGACAUAUUUCCUCAACACAUACACAAAGAAGUCUCAAUGGGAGCGUCCAGAAGCUCCUGCAGACCCUGGAGAAAUCCGGUGCAGCCAUAUACUGGUGAAACAUGCAGAGAGUCGGCGACCGUCGUCUUGGCGCGAGGAAAACAUCACCAGAAGUAAGGAAGAAGCUUUAGACCUUCUAAAAAGCUACCGUAAACAGAUUGUAGCGAAUGAUGUCCCGUUUGUUGAUAUUGCAAUGAAAUAUUCCGACUGCUCAUCGGCCAAGCGUGGUGGGGAUCUGGGCAUGUUUGGAAGAGGGCAGAUGCAGCAGCCAUUUGAGGAGGAAGCAUUUAAACUGAAGCUUGGCCAACUCAGCAAACCAGUCCAAACUGAUUCAGGAUAUCACAUCAUCUUGCGGACUGUUUAAUUAUGUUUUGUUUAAGGGAUGUUUUUGUUUGAUUGGAUAAGGUUGUUACGAUCAUUUUCUGAAUGAAAAAGCAUUUUUUGUUUUUAUUAAAGUAUUAGAUUUGAACAAUAAUAAACUGCCAAUUAUUAAUAUGUCAUUUAAGGUAAUUUCAUCUUUUCUACACACAACAUAAAGAUUAUAUAUCUAAAAUAUAUAAUUAUGCACCCAAUAAUAAUAAUUAGUAGUUAAGGACUUCACAUUUAUACAUUUUUAGACAUUGUACUCAUCUCAUUUUGUUUAUGUCACUUGAUUCCUACAUACCUUCAAAUUUUAAUUGACACGGAAACAAUUAAAAGCUGUUCCUGGAGUUAAAAUAGUUUUAAGGUCUAAAGUUUGACUUAACGAAAGAUAUGAUAAAGAACCAGAAAAUUCAUUUCAUAAAUAGAUUAUUGAUAUGUGCCGAUUCAAAAGUACCCAUGUUUUCAACAUUGAUUGUUUAAGUAAAAGGAACUUUAUUAUUUCAUUAAUAUAAUUUUUAUGGGAAAGUUUCAGUGAGGCUUUGACCAAAAUUCUUCUAUUUAGGUUUUUGAUUGGCUCAUUAUGUAUAAUUAUAUCAAUUAUUAAUAAAUAGUUUAUUUCUCCACAGCUCUUGCAAUUACAAUGUAUAAUAACUGUUAUAGAAAUAUUGCUUAAAAACCUGUGGUGACCAGUGCCUGAUCUGACUUAAAAUAAUGUAUUUGAUUGAUUAUCACAUAGAUAUCAAUUUGAAGUUAAUAAUGAAGGGAAAUACAUAAAAUUUGACACCUCAUCGGUCAUAGGAUAAUGUGCCUUUGUGAAUCUAAAAAUAUAUGUUUAUUUUAUGCAAAUGCAAAAACAGACCUAUCGGUGGACAACACUCCCUCUGUGGGAAAUUCUACUUUAUUUGAUUUAUGAAUGAAUGUCGUUUUUUGUUGUGUAUUGCUACAUUGUGUAUUGUUUAUGGGAUAACAAUAAAUAAACAUUUUUCACAA